ACAAGCAUAUUAGAAUAAUCUGAGUGAUGAUGUGGUUUCUAAAAUCGAUACUUUCACUUAUAAUAAGUAUCCAACGUUCCCAAGCAUCAAUUUCCAAUGAACAAUAUGGUUCGUUACCCGAAUUAUUCCAUCAGGACAAUUUCGAUAAAUGUUCGUUCCUUAAUGACGAAUUUCUUUAUUGUUCUUUCGAAUAUCAUAUGGAACCGAACAAUCCAGAAAAUCCCACGUGGGAUACCAUACAAGAAAUCAUUUCGAACGAUUAUAAUUACAGACACGACGUUUUGCGUCACUGGAUCUGCGUACCGUUCACGUGUCCCGAUUCGAUCGGAAAUACGACGAUUCUUGACGAAAUACAACUAAACAUCAACGAUUGCUAUGAUAAAAAAAUGAAAAAAUACGAUUUAAAAGGAAAAAUAAGAAAUUUAGACUGCGUCACGACAAUACCUAAAUACCAAGUCGAUUAUGUGGACGUGGCAACCGCAUUUGUAUUUCUAAUAUACGGGGGUAUUAUAAUUAUAUCCAGUUUAGUUGAAAUUAUAGCUACGAGAUGGUGUUCCGAAUCGUAUAAUAAGUACGAAAAUACGUUAAUGGGGAAAAUAAUUGGUUCGUUUUCCAUAAAAAAAAAUUGGUAUCGAUUAACGAAUGUCAAUUAUACAGAGGAAUUGAUAUAUCUACAACCUAUACAGGGUAUUAGAUUUAUAAAUACGAUCCUAGUGAUAUUUCAUCAUACUUGUAUGUUAUCAGUGAUGUUGCCAGUCGUCAAUACGCAUUUUAUCGAAAAGUUGAGCGAUAAAUACGUAAGUUUAUUGUUAUCGGGCGGUUCCCAUUACGUCAUAAUUUUUUUCGUAUUAUCCUCCAUGUUGCUUACCUACGGUGUAUUCAAAAAUUUCAAAAACAAAAAACUAACCCCGAAAAUUCUAUUUUCGAUUUUUUUGAGAAGAUACAUCAGGUUAACGCCUACGAUGAUGGUCGUUGUGUGGUUUAACGCUACUUUGUGGCGACAUCUAGGCGACGGACCGGUUUGGUACAAUCUAAUCGGUAGAGAGAGUACGAGAUGUAGGGAAAACUGGUGGACGCACUUAUUCUAUUUAAAUACCCUCGUAAAUUCAUAUAACAUGUGUACUCCAACACUUUGGUAUCUCGCUGAAGAUACCAGAUAUUUUAUUUCGAUGUUGGUACUAUUGUGGUACAUAAAAAUACGCGAGAAACACAUUUGGUACGUCCUGGGGACUCUGUUGUCGAUUAGUACGAUAUUCACCUUCCUAUACAACUACAUCAACGAUUUCGAAACCCUCAUUAUACCGAGGGCGGAAUCGGUUUAUAACCUCAAAUACAUAGUAGGCGAUCCGUUGUGGCAUUGGCAUCACAUAUCCCAUAUGGGAAACGCCUGCGCGCCCAUAAUCGGCGUCGGCUUCGGUUAUUUGCUGUAUAAGACCAGACACGUGGAUGUGUUCGGCGCAAGGAAAACGACGUGGGAGGUCGUGUUUUGUUUGUUGACGUACUUACCUUUUGUGGGGAUAAUAAUUAUACCGGGUUGGUACGUUUUUAUAGGUAAAUUUGAACAUGACGCGUUUAUUUCUUCAUGGUUCGUCGCUGUUACGAAACCGAUUUUCGUUUUGUCUAUGGGGUGGUUUUUGUUUGGUUGUAUACAUGGAAUUGGAGGGCUCGCCGAUAAGAUUUUAAGAUGGCAACCGAUGUACAUUUUAGGCAGGUUAACGUAUAGUGUUUACCUCGGCCAUUUUACUUUAUUAAUGUCGAAGGCAGCAGUAACGAGAACCCCAGUAUAUGUCAACCAUAUUUUAGUUGUACACGAUGUUAUAGGCGAUUUAAUAAUGUCAUAUAUACUCGCAUUUUUUAUUACUAUAUUAUUAGAAAUGCCAAUUUCAUCUUUACAAAGAUUAUUCAUACUACCACCUUCUAUUAAUGACGAAAACAAAAAUAAAUAAUAUGUGUAAAUAUACUUAUGAUAAUAAAAAAAUUGUUGAACCGA